AUGAAAUUAACAUGGGGUCUGAAGAGACCUGGGGAUAUUAUUUCGAGACCCCUUCCCGCUCAAAUAGCCAACUCACCGGUGCCAUUUGAUAUUGACGGCACUGAGCAUGCGGAGCCGCGCGAAAUACCACCACGAUCAAUGACUAGUUCAUCACUGUCCAACAAUCAAAAGCCGAUUAAGUAUGGAAAGGGGAAAUAUGCUCACGUCGAGCUUGUGCCACAGCCAAGCGACGACCCAGAUGAUCCUUUGAAUUGGCCUCGCUGGCGGAAGGAUCUUAAUCUGUCCUCACUCCUCGUCAUGGUUGGCCUUAUUGGGGGCAUGAAGACAGUUUUCGUUUCAACCGCAGGUGCUCUGACUCUCCACUACCGAGCCUCUUUCACGGCCAUUGCUGCGUUGACCGCUGCUCCGCUCAUGCUUUCGGUCAUGACUAGUUUUCUUGCUUCAAUUAUCGCAAAAUUCUGUGGGAAACGACCAGUAUACUUGUCAUCAGCGUUGCUCCUUUUUAUCGGAACCAUUUGGAAUAUGACGGCUGGUGACAGCUAUCGUUCUUGUCUUGGUGCUCGAAUUUUUCAAGGCUUAGGAUGGGGUGCAUUUGAGACUUUGGUGAUGGGAUCCAUUCAGGACACUUACUAUGAACACGAACGAAAUUUGCCAGUAUCAAUAUACAACCUCUUGGCGAUAACCACGACAUGGGGCUCACCCCUCGUUGGCGGUCUGGCCUCAAAGAAUGCCAACAGCUUCACCAAUCAGUUCCGCAUCAUCAACUGUUUCUACUUCUUGGCCCUGCCAUUGCUAGCCUUGGGAGCACCUGAAACUGCAUUCGACCGCUCAAGAGCUACUAUAACUCCCUUACCCAUUCCUGGUCUAGACAUUUGGCGCCCAUGGCGACUUCGUCAUCGGCUAAACAAAGAGACCGCCAUCGAAUAUAUCAAAAAGAUGAAGCCAUGCUCAUUCAAGGCUUCCGUCACACUUCCGGUCGUUCUUCAGGUCCCCCGCGCCAUCAUUACUCCCACAACCUGUCUCCUAGUUGUCUUGUCAUUCAUUCCCCAUGGCGCACUUUGGGGCUUGGCAACAUCCAUCUCUUUCCUAACUACCCCUCAACCUGUAUCCCUAGAUCCUGCAAUGACAGGUGUUCUAAUGGCUGGCCCAUGGAUCAUCGCGUCCUUAGUUGUCGGGGGGUUCUGCUUCUAUCGCGGACUGUAUGAGCGCUUCACAAAGCGUGUUAACUAUCUCAUUAUCAGCACCGGGACGAUAUUCUCACUAACCGGCUUGCUCUCCUACGGCCUUGGCAUCCACAACUUCAUGACAUCUCAUCCCACACCGUCUAACCCGUUCUUUACCUCAAACACCGCCGGUCAGAUAAGCCUGCCCCUCCUAUCACUGCAGCUGGGAAUCCUUGCUGGCGGGACUUAUACCCUCGACGUUAUCACACGACCCUUGCUCGCACGGUCCGCCUCCUUCACAUCAUCCAACAUGGCCGUUGCGCAACGCAGCAUCGGCGAUAUGCAUUCCGGGGUAAUUAUAUGGCGAAACCUCACUGCUGGUAUUUUCAUCCUUGCCCUGCCUAAUGCGGUCACUGUCUACGGCGCCUUAAAAUCAGCGGUUAUCGGACUGGGCAUCACGCAAGUUUUGCUCACGGCCGGGCUCAUGACCCUAUGGUGGUAUCUGGACGAAUCUAUCUGGAGAGCAGAUGGAAUGAUCAUGGGACUAGUUGACUUGAGACUCCUGAAGCAAUCAGUAAGCUUCUUCGAGACAGACUAA